AUGGAGCCUCCUCUCACCGAGGCCCAGGCCUUUGGUCUCCUGACGGCGUAUACCUUUGUCUACGUCCUCCCGCUAUACACCUCCUCCAAGACGAGGGCCUCGCCAGAUCGCUCGCGAGACGCCCCCGAGGCCAUCCGCGCCCGGAUCGUCACCGUUUCACUUUCCACUACUGCAUGCUCGCUCGCCACCUUGUUCAUCCUGCGCCAUGUCUGCUCGGACGCCGCCUGCAGCCCGAUGCGGCUGAUGGGCUAUUGGCCGCUGGGAUUGAUGGAGACGCUCAAGACAUGCUUUCUGACGGGCGUGCUGUUUGCUGGGCCGCUGUAUGAGUGCCUGGUUGUCGAUGGGGUUUGGAGGGAGUGGGUGGAUGGGAUGGAGCCUUUGAGGCAUGUUUGGGCUGAAUGGCCCGCUUGGAGAAACUACGUUGCUGGCCCCGUCACCGAAGAGUGUCUCUUCCGAGCUGCCGCCGUCCCGCUGCUGCUCAAGGCCGGCUCCAGCCUCAGCAGAGUCAUCUUCCUGUCCCCCGUCGUCUUCGGCCUCGCCCACGUCCACCACUUUUACGAGUUCCGCGUCACGCACCCGGAAAAGCCCCUCGUGGCCGCCAUUGCCCGCUCGGUCCUCCAGUUUUCGUACACGUCCCUCUUUGGCGCCCUGGCGAAUUUCCUGUUUUUGCGGACGGGCUCGCUGCUGGCUGUUGUGCUUGUCCAUGCGUUUUGCAAUUCCAUGGGAUUGCCUCGCGUGUGGGGGACUGUUGAGCCGUAUUGGCUAUCGGAAUCUUCGAGGUCGCGGCAGGCGGUUUUGUGGUCGGGGAUUUACUAUGUGUUGUUGUUUGGGGGGGCGUAUGCUUGGUGGAGGAAUCUUUAUACGUUGACCGAGUCGCCGCUUGCUCUGGCGGUGUUUUAA